GCAGUCGCCACCCCGCUGCUCUCACACUGCUCCAGCUCCAGCUCCGGAGCGCCUUAUAACUGCGUUAUAACCACCGCUGCAUGCGCUGCGCGGACGGGCGAAGCGGGUGUCACGUCCACAGGGAAACCCGACGCCGUGUUUCUAGAGUAAUUACACAGGCGUUGAGAUCAAGUCUUCAGAAGCGUCAGAUCAGAUAGAUCGCGCUGUAAUCCAGGAUGUUAUAGCUCAUCUGUCAACCUGUGCAGAAGGGAACUAUCCCCUCAGUCGUGAUUUCUGCUUCGGGUAAGCAACUAUAUCUCGCUACAGUGGACGAAGAGGCCUUGAAUAUACCGACGCAUCGCUGCCAAAGGGAACCCAAAGAGGAAAGCGCGAUAAAGCGGCAUUAUUAACUCACGCUAUUCGCCUCUGCGCCGCGGAUUUUGUUGGCGCUUCCAUGGACACAUCAGGUUGAUGCGCAGGAGCCGAGAAGGACUGUGCUUGCUAGCUGGAUCCCACUGGCCAAUCAAUGGAAAUAACUAAGCUCUUUUAGACUCAUUAAAGAUUAAUUAAAUACCUCAUUCUCAAAUCGUUAAGGUCAAUCGUCAUUAUCACAGCCAAGUGCUCUAGCAGAUGACAGGCCUAUCUGGUCCUUCACCUGUAUGACCAGACAAUUUCAGGUCAGCCCAGCUCUGAUCCAGGAUUCAGGACAGGGACCUCCAUCAUUCCGGCUUUUUCCUCAAACUCACCCAGUCUAUAGACGUGCUCCCACACAGUUGCCACCAUUCGCCCCUCUCUCGCCACAGCAGUUCUCCCGUCCAGGCCCCGCUCCGGCCCGGCGUCAGGCAUGGCGCCUCAGGGGCGGGAUCACCUGGCCACACGGGAGACUGCAGGCCGUAGACGGAGCCCAAAUGUGCGGCACACGCUCAGCCCGGAGAAUCUUCGGAGCUUAGCCGAGCGCGGUGGAGCCGAGCAGACUGGAGCUGGACUCCCCAGAGCCAACAGCGAUACAGACCUGGUCAGUUCUCAAGGGCGAUCCUCGCUCACAGCUUCUACUUUAGAGUUCACUUUGGGCCGGGGCCAGAACUUGGUCAUCACGUGGGAUAUCAAGGAAGAGGUGGAUGCUACAGACUGGAUUGGCAUGUACCACAUAGAUGAGACCUGUCCAUCAAAUAUGUGGGACUGCAAGAACCGCGGGGUUAACGGUACACAGUGUGGUCAGAUUUUCUGGAGGCUGGAGGCAGGACCGUACUUCCUUGAAGCUGAGACAAGGAUCUGUUUUAAGUACUAUCAUGGAGUAAGCGGUGCACUGAGAGCCACAACUCCCUGCAUCACAGUCAAGAACCCCAGAGCUUCGGUCGACGGUCAAGGUGAAGGACAGCAAGCUUCAGACAGCAGCCGGAAAUUGGUCAGCUUUACUCUAUCAGAUAUCCGGGCUGUGGGGCUGAAAAAAGGGAUGUUUUUUAACCCAGACCCUUAUUUGAAGAUGAGCAUUCAUCCUGGCAAGAAAAGUUGCUUCCCGACAUUUUCUCAUCAUGGUCAAGAGAGACGAUCUGGCAUUACAACUAACACUACUAAUCCUGUGUGGCAUGGAGAGAAACACACUUUUGUGGCUCUUAUGACAGACGUCUUAGUGAUUGAGGUCAAAGACAAGUUUGCUAAAAGUCGACCUAUUAUUAAACGCUUUCUGGGUCAACUGAACAUCCCGGUGCAGAUGCUGCUGGAGAGACACGCAUCAGGGAACCAAUCACUGAGCUUCUCUCUAUGUCGUCGUUUGCCCACUGAUCAUGUGAGCGGUCAAAUGCACUUUAAAGUGGAUGUUACAUCUAUGGGCCAAGAUGACAUUUCUCCUGAGACGAUUCUGGGGGCAGCAGCCCUCAAUGGAGCUCCUGGAACCCCUUCAGAUGAUGAAGAUCUGCCCCAUCCUCUCCCUGUCCCAUCAGCAGGCCCUUCCCCCACUGGCUCCCUGGGUUCCCAUAGAAAUGGUGACGGGAGCAGCAUUCCCUCCCCAGACACAGAGAUGUAUGGUACCACCCUGGACGAUGAAGCCCCUUCUUCACCUGACCCGCUACAGGUUUCUUUCAGUGAGCAGCUUGAUGCCAUUGAUGCCCCUAAGGGCCCGGGAGAUAGGCCUUUUGGGGCAGCUUCUCCCAAACUACGAUCUAGCUUUCCCACACAUACGCGCCUCAGCGCUAUGUUGCAUAUUGACUCAGAUGAAGAUGAGGAAAGAUCCGCUGCUACAGAGGCUACGCUACCUACAUUUAGUAGCACUUCAAGGACUCAAAACAUCCCCACAAAACCACCAAUAACAGAACCUGUGGUUGAAAGAACUGUAGAGGAACCUCCAGAAGAGGCAGAGCUGGAGUCUGAAAUAGAGACUCUGAAUAUAGGACCAGAGGUGGCUCCUGAGCCAGAGGUUGUGCCGAGUUCAGUGGCCCCUGAGGUGGAAACCGCCAGUCUGAUAGAGAGGCAAGAGGAAGAGGAAGAAGACGAGGAAGAGGGGCUGGCACCCAGUGAGGAGCUGGCAACUGAAGUUGAUAUCUCUUCAAUGGCAUCUGACUGCAGCCCAGGCCUUGUGUCUGCUUCUCAGGAGGCAGAACAAGGGGCAGAGGCAGCCAUUGACCCAGGGGGAGAAGAUCUUUCAGAUGACCCACCCACAACUUAUGAGGUUGUUGAAGAAACCGUUCCAAAAAAUGAGUUAGAGAGGGACGCCCCAAAACCAGAACCAUCAGCCAAUGAGGAAGAGGAAUGUGAAGAUGUGACUGAGGACACAAUGUCCAGAAGAUGGAGCCUGGAGGCGACAGCCGGUGUGUCACAGGAGGAUGAAGAGGAAGAGGAGUUAAUGCCUUCAGUAGACGGAGAAUCUGUGGAUUCGGAGACCUUCAUUACGGAGACAGAAUCAGAAUUAGGUGUCCCUCAGAUCAACGGCGAUCAGCGUGUUUGUUCUCUGCCGUCUGUAAGACAAGACAUCCACCGAUACCAGCGUGUGGACGAGCCCUUACCUCCUAACUGGGAGGCUCGUAUUGACAGUCAUGGCCGUAUCUUCUUUGUGGAUCAUGUGAACCGCACCACCACAUGGCAGAGACCCACUGGCCCACCUGCUCCCCAGGGUCUGACCCGCUCCAGCUCCAUACUGCAGAUGGAGCAACUCAACCGCAGGUAUCAGAGUAUUCGUCGAACUAUGACCAAUGAAAGGUCUGAGGAACAAAGAGUGGAUGAUCCUCCUUCUGAAGAGACAGAACUGCUGCCCCACUCCAUCGGUGAAUACCGAAGGGACGGCUUUAUGGGUCAAGCCAGCUCACGUUCUCGUCUGGCUUUGCUGCUUCAGUCUCCUGGUGCAAAGUUCCUCUCCAGUCCAGACUUCUUCUCUGUUCUGCAUUCUAAUCCUGGUGCCUAUCGCAUGUUCACAAGUAAUACGUGUCUGAAGCACAUGAUCAGUAAAGUUCGACGGGACGUCCAACACUUCGAGCGAUACCAGCACAACCGGGACCUUGUCAACUUCCUCAAUCUGUUCUCCAACAAGCAGCUGGAGCUGCCACGGGGCUGGGAGAUGAAACACGACCACACUGGGAAGCCCUUCUUUGUGGAUCAUAACUGUCGUGCCACAACAUUUAUUGACCCACGGCUGCCUUUACAGAACUCGCGGUCCAGCGGCCUGCUGGCGCACCGACAGCACCUGUCCCGCCAGCGCAGCCACAGUGCAGGAGAGGUAGCCGAUGACUCUCGCUCUCCGAGUCCUCCUGUCCAGGGCCGGUCGCCAAGAAACCGUCAGUAUCAGGACUUGGUGCCUGUAGCUUAUAAUGAGAAGAUUGUCGCUUUUCUGAGACAACCCAACAUUUUUGAGAUUCUGCAAGAAAGACAGCCGGAGCUUGUGAGAAAUCACUCCCUUAGAGAGAAGGUUCAGUUCAUCCGCAAUGAGGGCCCAACUGGGUUGGCCCGUCUGUCCAGUGAUGCAGACCUAGUUAUGUUGCUCAGCCUGUUUGAAGAGGAAGUGAUGUCUUAUGUGCCACCCAAUGCCUUACUGCUCUCCAGCUACUGUCAUGCGUCCCCUCAGAGCUCCCCUGGAACUCCACGAGCCAAUGCUCGAGCCCCUGCACCCUACAAGCGGGAUUUUGAGGCCAAACUAAGAAGCUUUUACCGCAAAAUGGAAACCAAGGGCUACGGGCAGGGGCCAGGAAAAGUGAAGUUAAUAAUUAGAAGAGACCACCUUCUGGAGGAUGCUUUCAACCAGAUCAUGUGCUAUUCUCGCAAAGACCUACAGAGAAGCAGGCUUUACGUCAGCUUUGUUGGAGAAGAAGGGCUGGACUACAGUGGUCCAUCCAGAGAGUUCUUCUUCCUGGUUUCCCGUGAGCUUUUUAACCCAUACUAUGGACUAUUUGAAUACUCAGCUAAUGACACUUACACUGUGCAGAUCAGCCCCAUGUCAGCCUUUGUGGACAACCAUCAUGAAUGGUUCCGGUUCAGUGGACGCAUCCUGGGGCUCGCUCUAAUUCAUCAGUACCUGUUGGAUGCAUUCUUCACCCGACCAUUCUACAAAGGCCUUCUUCGCAUUCCAUGUGAUUUGAGUGAUCUAGAGUUUUUGGAUGAGGAGUUCCAUCAGAGUCUCCAGUGGAUGAAGGACAAUGACAUUCAGGAUAUGCUAGACCUCACCUUUACUGUCAAUGAGGAGGUGUUUGGACAGAUUACAGAGCGUGAGCUGAAGCCGGGUGGGUCUGGCAUCCCUGUGUCAGACAAGAACAAGAAAGAGUACAUUGAACGCAUGGUGAAGUGGCGGAUUGAGAGAGGGGUGGCCCAGCAGACAGAGAGUCUCGUGAGAGGAUUCUAUGAGGUGGUGGACGUCCGACUCGUCUCCGUGUUUGAUGCCCGAGAGCUGGAGCUGGUCAUUGCUGGGACAGCGGAGAUUGACCUAGCCGAUUGGAGAAGCCAUACAGAAUACAGAGGAGGUUACCAUGAUAACCACAUAGUGAUUCGAUGGUUCUGGGCUGCAGUGGAGCGUUUCAACAACGAACAAAGACUACGACUCCUUCAGUUUGUUACAGGCACUUCUAGCAUUCCCUAUGAGGGGUUUGCCUCUCUGCGGGGCAGUAACGGCCCACGUCGAUUCUGUGUGGAGAAAUGGGGCAAAGUGACCUCCCUCCCACGGGCUCACACCUGCUUUAACCGCCUGGAUCUCCCUCCCUACCCCUCCUUCUCGAUGCUCUACGAGAAGAUGCUCACUGCUGUGGAGGAGACCAGCACCUUUGGUCUGGAGUGAGCUCCCUUCACAGGAAAAGUGCCAUUUGAUUUUUUUUUUUUUUUUUUUUUUUCAGUUCUCCACCACCUGGCUUACCAUGCAGGCUUCAUUCUCACCCUCACUCUUGGCUAUGACCUUGGUAACUGGACACUUAGGUGUUUUGUCAAAUCUACGGAACUGGAAUAUAUCAUCAAAUGACUUACUGGGCAUGUGCCAACUCCUGCUCUAUACUGUAUGGAAUCAAACUCCUGUGGUAACUGCAUUUAAUUCCUCACACAAAAAGAGACUUACACAUCCACAGAAAUCAGAGCUGGAGUCCUGAUCACCUGGUUUUGGUUCUCCUGUCUGGACCAGUACAUUUUGAUCUACGCUGUAGGGUUUUGCCUUUUGUUCUUGAAUGAGCUACUUUUUCCAAAGAUGUUUCAUUACAGUAAUGUAGUCACUUUAUUUAAUAUUUGUAGGGUCUGAAGGAAUAAACCUGUGAUAGUUUUUUUGCUGCAGGGCUUUGUCAUGAGCCCCUUUCACACUGCGAUUUGUUCCCGGGUCGCUAGAUUUAGCACUUUCACACUGCCAGUGAUUACCCGGUUUACCUGCUUUCACACACAACCAGUAAAGAUCCCGUAACGACAUGUGACAUCAAGGUGUGACGUGUGUACGAGUCGAAAAUGUUAGGCACAUUAUACUUUCACUGAAGCAAGCAAAUGAUCUUGGCGUAAGCGCGGAAAAUGAGGAACGUUGAUCUUUCUUCAAAACACCCGUCAAAAGAGUCGCGCCAUAACGCGCAUCAUCACUUCGACACGGCAUUAGAUCUGGCUUUUGUUCACACAGCGCUCGUCCCGGGUCGAACCCGGCAAUGUUACUAGGUCCUCGUCCCGGGUUCAUUGCUGGAAUCAAUCCCGGGACGUGGUUGCUUUCACACAGAAGGCGACCUGGCAAUGUUCCGGCAAUAUGCCGGGUCGGACGUGCAGUGGGAAAGGGGCUAUGGAGAUACAGUGUGAUGUCAGUUAAGACCAACUUUUUUGGUUUCAGAGGUUUCACUUCGGCGGUCUUGGUUUUGAGAGGUCUGAUUGUGGACCUAAAUGAUAUUGAUCUUGGCUGCAGCUCUGAAAACACAACUUAUUCUUUGUUUCCAUCUUUUAAGAGAAUGAAAACACACAAAACAGCAUGCACACUCUCUUAUAGAGAUUCUUGCACCAAAUGUAGUGGUUGUAGAAUAGCAACCUGGCAAACUGAACAUCCUAGGUUCAAACCGUGAGCUAGAAAUUUCCACUAUCACCUCUUGUGCACUUGAGCAAGACAUUUAUCAGCGGACUGUUCCAGGGGACUGUAAAUGUAGUCAUCCACUUUGGUUGGUCGACACUGAUUAACUAACAAACACCAACACUUAGUACUUUGUUACAUGCACACAUUUUUUAAUCCACUUCAACCUUUUAUGCAACCCACAAAUGCUACUAAAAACUAUGAAUGUAUAAACACUGAUCACCAUGUGCAAUAUGUGCAACAGAUUUCUGUGUAUCAGGAAAGGUGGAUUUUCUCUUAGAGACCAUCAUAAGGAGACCUAUUGCUCUAAACUGUGGAGACAGACACAAACAGUGGCCUUGAAAUAAUCUUUAUUAAAAUGUAUUGUUGGGUAUAGUUAGUAACAUGGUGAUGUGUGCAGUCCACUGGAGUAACUUAAAACCAGUGCUGCAGUAGUUAAAACCAGUAAAAAAGGCGAACAAGCUUAUUCAGGAAAAUGAAAGAAAAAAACAAAACAAAAAGAAAAAAGUUAUAUUUAUUGUGUAGGGAGCAGCAACCCAAACUGAAACACCCUUGCUAGGUGGUAUGAAGUGUUUUCGAAAUAGAACAUAAUAAUGGAAUAAUCUCUGAGCAGGAUUUUCAAUUUAAUGAAUCACAGAUAGAAGUUCAACACAAAAAUAAAGGAUGAAAAGGUCCUCAUUUUUUGGGUGACAAGUUGUUUACAGACAUGUAAUUUUUUUCUGUGGUCCCUUUCCUAAGCCCACACACACACACACACACACACACACACACACACACACACACACACACACACACACACACACAUUCAGCAAUAAAAGGAAAUCACUUAUUCACAUCAUACAAAUGCUGAUCUGGCCAAAGCACGAUUCCUAGGAUAUGGAUUUGUCUUAAAACAGCUCCUUUCUCUAUGUAAUUGAUAUUUGGAUAAAAUACUGCAUGCAGGGUCAAAGAAGCAGUACCUGAGUUUGACCCUUAGAUGGCGUUGUGUCAUAGCUUGAUAUAUUGCAUGCUGGAAUUAGUGAAACAACACGAGUCCAGAUUAGCUUAAUUUGCAUGAGAAGUUGCUGUUAAUCAGGGGUGGGAUGGGACUGGGGACAUAAGUAAAUAAAUAAAUAAAUAAUCCAUUCUUUUCAUACUUCAUCUGCACUGCUAUUUAUGGGUUACAGAUUGUGUAAAAUGAUGCUGAUGAAAGAGCCAUCACUUGAAAACUGUUGGUGAAAAUGUGAACCUGCAUGCUUUCCAUGAUGUGUCCAUAUUUGUAUAUAGCUGUAAUAUAUGUAUGUCAGUCUUGUCCUGUGUUUAAAUUAUAUUUUGCACUGAAUGUACCAGA